AUGGGCACACCCGCAAGCAGCUCUGGUGGGCUGGUGCAGGUUAAACCAGCAUCCCGCCAUGAGCGCCGAUGCCAAGAUGAUCCUCCACGGGAUGCCGAGGACACGCCAUUGGUAAGAAGCAGUGCCAUCCAGAAUGCGGAUCAGCUCGACUGGCCCGAAUACUUUACCCUCGCCCAGCAGACCCUCAACGUCGCCAACGCGGCACAAUCCGUAGGCUUCAACAUUGCCAAAGGUGCCACUGCUGCAUCUCUCAGGGUCGCACGCUUCUUCACCAAGCAUGUACUUGCGCUGCCAGCUCUUGCCAUCGAUGUAGCCGUUGGCACUCCACCCGACUCGCCGGGCAUGCACUUGGCCGCCACCGCUGGAGUCGAUGGGGUCUUCAAUAUUGUUGAUGCCAUUACACUAGGCUCCUUGGACGUCGGCUGCGCGGUUACCGCCGCUUCCUUAUCAGCGGUAUCGACAGGCGUGGAGUGCGUCUCAUCCACCAUGCAUUCGGACGUAUCUCGCAGUCUAUCUACCUUUGGAAGACUUUUUAGUCGCGAAUGGAAUCGCACCAGUGAUGAACUUCCUCCCGGCGGACUACCCGUCUACGAACGCCUGACCAUCGCAUGCGCCAUCCUGUGCUGGGUCUCGUUGCAAGCCGUGACGGCCGAAGACUUUGAAAGAGACAUGUUGGAGCAUCUGAGUCUGGUGGCCGACGAUGAGGAGCUCCAGUCCCUCAUCGCUGCACCAGGCUCCGAUGCCCACGAAGUGUCUAGUGCGCGGCCCCGAGUCCGUCAUCUGGUGCAGCACUCGCGUCUCAUCCUUGCAAUCUACGGUGGCGUCAUCAUGGCGCUCUUGAACAGUGUCCCAUCGAACUUCGCCAAGAGGACACAAUCACAAGAUGCAGAGGCUGCUCGUAUCCCGGUCGACAUCAUUGAUCAGCCUUCCGCCAUCACUCAAUUCGAACUGGAAAAUCCACAACCCUCCAUCCAGCUGCAGCGCUUGCAAGGAACUCAAGAGCAAUUACGCCGUGCCGAUAAAGCACAUACAAGCGCCGCAGCAGGAAGGCAAUCAAAGUACGCUUUGGACAACUUCUCAUACAUCGACCUCCUCACUGGCAAGUAUGAUCACUACUUGUUGCAUGAGGCAGCUGGCGUGACACACUCACAAGCUGUUCGCGGCAGCUAUGACCAAUCAGUACACAGCGCGCAAGAGCUGAAUGGACGAGUCAACAAAAGUCGACCCAACUAUUACGUCAUCACAUCUCACGAGGCUCGCAAGAUCAUCGUCGUGAUGCGCGGCACCGUCACACUAGGUGACGUGGCAACCGAUCUGGCAUGCGAGAGCCAGUCGCUCGAUGGCAUCAUCAGCGGCAUUCCCGCAGCAUCCCGGGUGCACGCUGGCAUACUCGUCACCGCUUUAGCCAUUGGACGUCAAGGCAGAGCUGUUCAUCGAGCAGUUCGAGAGGCUGCCAUCCGUUCCCCUGAUUACGACCUCGAUCUCGUUGGGCACUCACUCGGGGCUGGCGUCAUGGCCCUCUUGUGCCUGCUAUGGGGCUCCCCUGCCACUGGAAGGACGCGGGAGGACAGUGCGUUGGGACCGCGAAAUAUUCAUGCAUACUGCUAUGCAGCUCCCUGCGUCAUGGACGCUCAGCUUGGCCUUCAUUGUAACCGCAUCAUCACAUCCUUCAUAUCCAGCUGGGAUUUGGUGUCGCGCCUGUCACUGGGCAGUAUCACGGACAUCCGGAACGUCAUCGCUUGGCUCUGCUACUGGGAGAACUCGCCAGACGAAGACUUCACAUGUGCUGGAUUCAUCGGAUCAACGCUCGAGCACCAAAGCGGGCGCAUGGACUCAUCCACCUCUGUCAGACAAAGGUUCGAGGACAAAGCAAAGUACCUCAUGCAGCGGGUGAAGCCAUGUAUGACCGGUGUCCAUCUUUACCCUCCGGGCAAGAUUUUCAUCAGCUACCGCAACACGGACCUGCGAACAACACAGGGAGGCAGGUCGCCACUCUUAUUUGAAGUGACUGGCGAUCGAGCUCGAGUCUUCGAUAGAAUUGUCUUUGGAAGCGGCAUGCUGUAUGAUCAUCUCCCCCAGGUCUAUGUGGAGACCUUGGCUCAGUUGAAUGUCAACGAGGCCCCCAGAGUUUGA